CUAAAAUAUACAUUUAUUUUAUUUUAUUUAUAUAUGUCACUACAGAAACCUCUCCCCAUUUUUUACACAACAACUACAUACUGUACUUUCUUUUAACACUCUUUGGCAUCAUAAGCAAAAAAAAAGAUCAAAAAUGUUAUGUGCCUCUCAAGCAUCAACAACAAACAUUUGCUCAACCAUGGACCAAACCUCACAACCUUCUUCUUCAGCCACAGUCCGGCUCGGAGGUCGAGCCAUCGACCGUCAUAACCCAAUCAUACGUGACGGUCGAAGACUAACUCCUCCACCUUCUCCAAGCCAUAAUUCCCCCUCUUCUUCUUCUUCUUCUUCUUCUUCUACUUAUCAUACUCCUCUUAAGACUAGAUUAGGUCUAGAGAGUAGUGAGCAAAAACGUGUUGCAAAGAGGAAGAGCAAGAAAAGUGACUGUGACGUUGGUAAGUCACCGGCUGGUUGUUUUAGCAGUGACACUCCUCAAGGUUCUUCAAGGUACUUACUGAGCAACCCGGUUUUCUUUGACGGGUUUGUUGAUUCCGACCCUAUUCCAUUACCUAUUGAACCGGAGAUAACCAUAGCUGAAGAUUUGGAUAAAAUUCAUGACGAUAGGUUGAUAAUAAACGCUUCUAAGUAUCUCUCUUCUCCUUCUUCUUCUUUCUUGGAGAAGAAGCAACCUGAUUUCUUCGACGGGUUCUUGGAUUAUGAGCCGAUUAUGUCUCCCGAUAAUCCUUUCUCCGAACCCACAAAAGCUUCUCCGACAGCAUCUCAGAGCUCUCUUGAAGAUAAAGAUGUUUCCUCGUCUCCGGACUUCAAGUUCUCUCCUCCACAACCUCCACCACCUCCUCCUCCACCGUCGCCGCCGCAACUGGAGAAAAACGCAUCUUCAGAUCAAGUGGUUGUUUUGAGAGUGUCACUUCACUGCAAAGGCUGUGCAGGGAAAGUCAAGAAACAUCUUUCAAAGUUGAAAGGAGUUACGUCGUUUAACAUAGAUUUCGCUGCAAAGAAGGUUACCGUGACGGGAGACGUAACGCCGUUAACUGUGUUGGCGAGUAUUUCCAAAGUUAAAAACGCACAGUUUUGGCCAGAGAUUAUUCAGAAGUAAUCUAUGUUUCCUCUGUUUUCUUCUAUGUUGUUAUGUUUAUUUUGGAAGACAAAACUUGUGAAAAUGUUACUCUCUUCUGUGCGUUUAUUUGUGUGGUGGUAAUGGCAUGAUAAUUUACAAAAAUUAUUACAGAACUUAGUAUUAGGAGUUUUUAUCCCCACCAAAAACUUAAGGGAAUGUAUUGAAAUUGAAAUUUGAAAAGACUUUGUGAUUAUUCUAAAAUUUCAUGUUAUUCUUUUUUUUUACAGCAAUUCCAU